UUCACUAUAUUUUGCACAGUUCUGCCUUAAUCACCUUGCAUGAGUGCACUAUAGACAUUGUCCUUGGUGCGAGUUGCUGCAUUACUUCAGCCUACAGAUGGACACACAAGGGGCGAAGAAAAGACUAUUUGGGAAAUGGCAUGUCGUCUGCUAUUUUGCGUUGUUCACUUGUGUCUUGGAUGCAGUCUGGGGACAGAUUCGUUACUCAAUCCCUGAGGAACUGGAACAUGGAGCUUUUGUUGGCAACAUUGCAGAGGACCUGGGCUUGGAUUUGGACAAGCUCUCUGCGCGCAGAUUCCGGAUUGUCUCAGGUGCCAAGAAGCAGUAUGUGGAGGUAAAUUUAGAAAAUGGAGUUUUAUUUGUCAACGAAAGGAUUGAUCGUGAAGAACUAUGCGAGCAGAGUUUAUCCUGUUCUUUUCACUUGCAAGUGGUCAUAGAAAACCCUCUGGAGCUGUACAGGGUAGAGAUUGAAAUUCUGGACGUGAACGACAACUCUCCUAGUUUCCCGUGGACCGAGUUCAAUCUGGACAUAUCAGAAUCCGCUGCGCCAGGAUCUCGUUUCCCACUUGAAAGCGCACAGGACUUGGACGUCGGAUCCAACUCGCUCCGCACCUAUUUACUGAGUGUUAAUGAACAUUUCCUUUUGGAUAUACAGACGCGCAGUGAUGGUAGUAAAUUUGCAGAACUAGUCCUCCAAAACCCACUGGACAGAGAGCAGCAAAGUGCGCAUCAAAUGGUCUUAACAGCUGUGGACGGUGGCGCGCCGGAGAGAUCCGGCACUGCGCAAAUUGAUAUCACCGUUCUGGAUGCAAAUGAUAACGCGCCUGUGUUUGACCAGUCCUUUUACAGAGUGAGGCUUGCUGAAAACGCACCCAAAGGCACAGUGGUCAUAAAGCUCAACGCGUCCGAUUUAGAUGAGGGUCCUAAUGCAGAUAUCACCUAUUCAUUCAGUGGCCACGCGCCCAUCAAAGUGCGCCAGCUGUUCAGCGUAGACUCGCGCACGGGGGAAAUCAAAGUCAAAGGUGUGAUCGAUUAUGAAAAGGCCAGGAUGCAUGAAAUUUACGUUCAAGCUAAAGAUAAAGGCCCCUCGGCUGUAGCAGUUCACUGUAAAGUGCUGGUGAACGUUUUGGAUAAAAAUGACAACCUCCCAGAGGUGAUCUUGACAUCAGUGUCCACACCUGUGCAGGAGGACGCGCCCCCGGGAACGGUGAUAGCCGUCAUCAGCGUAAUGGACAAAGACUCAGGUGAAAACGGGAAUGUGGACUGUGAGAUCCCCCAUCACGUCCCAUUUCAGCUCCACUCUUCCUUUAAGAACUACUAUACAUUAGUGACUUGUGAUUUUCUGGAUAGAGAGACGGUCUCAGAGUACAACAUCACCCUUACCGCGCGAGACAUGGGCUCUCCACCUUUAUUCACGAGGAAAACGAUUUUGGUCCAAGUGUGUGAUGUAAAUGAUAACGCGCCUCGCUUCAAACAACCUUCCUAUACUGUGUAUUUAACUGAGAAUAACGCACCUGGAGCAUCCAUUUGUUCGGUGACCGCAAUGGAUCCAGAUUCUGGUCAAAAUGCAUAUCUCUCCUAUUCUAUAAUGGAAGGUGAUAUACAGGGAAUGCCUGUUUCCACUUAUGUGUCCAUAAAUUCAGACAACGGGAACAUUUACGCGCUGAGAUCCUUCGACCACGAGCAACUUAAAAACUUUCAGAUCAUAGUUCAAGCUCAAGACGCCGGUUUUCCGCCUCUGGUCAACAACGUUUCAGUGAAUAUCUUUAUUUUAGACCAAAACGACAAUGCGCCUGUGAUUGUGUCACCAGUUCUGCAAAACGGCACUGCGCCCAGCGAAACAGUGCCCAAAUCGGUCGACGCCGGUCACCUUGUCACCAAAAUCAGAGCGGUGGAUGCAGACGCAGGUCAGAACUCGCGUCUUUUUUAUCAAAUGCUCCAAGCAACAGACCCAAGCUUGUUCAGUAUUGCUCUGUACACAGGCGAAAUCAGGACAAUACGCCAGUUGGUGGAGAAAGACCCCACGAGGCACAGAUUGGUCAUACUUGUGAAGGACAAUGGUCAGCCACCCCUCUCGGCCACAGUUUCCAUCAUUCUGUCAGUGGUUGACAGCCUGCCAGAUUCGCAGCCCGAUUUGGGUGACCUGUCACAAAGCCCGCAUCACAGCUCCAACUUCACCCUGUACUUAAUCGUGUCUCUGGGCGCGAUCUCCUUCACAUUCCUGGUGGCUAUUAUCGUCCUGGUUGCAGUGCGGAGACUGAAGGGCAGGCCGUCGAACAGAGAGUCCAACUUCCCCUCCAUCGGCGAGUGCUGCUGCUGCUCUCGCACAGAAACACCCGCCAGCACAGAGGUGUUCAAAAAGUCCAACUUGAAUCUUCGGAAGUCCACAAGUUCGUCUGGUUGCGCGGAGACAAACGGCAACGGCGCACUUCCUCAGGUCUAUUGCUACAAAAUGUGUCUGACACCAGAAUCUUCCAAAAGCGACUUCAUGUUCCUAAAGCCUUGCAGUCCAGUGAUGUCAGUCCAACAGAAUAAUGCCAAGAGCACAGAUUACCUGACUUCUGGCUGGAGCGCACUGGAAAGAGCAACAACCCCAAACGAGCUUAAGUAUUCAAACAAGGACUGGACUUGGACCAAGAACCAACGCAACUCAGCAUACAAGAGGUAUAGUUCAGCAAAUAUGGAGGGCACUCUUUCUCAUCAACGAAAAUAUCAUGCCGAUGGGUUUUCCUGUUCUGUGGCACCACAGUACUGGACCUGGGGAAGCCAUAUGAAAGACUACAAGAUGUCUCUUCAAGAGGGAGCAGUUCCCAACUACUCAUGGGUUCCAAAGUACACUCAACCUCAUUCUGAGCCACCAGACUACCAGCACAAUGUUUACAUACCUGGCACCACGUCUGACUACAGCACUCUGAAGCUGACAUCCAGAGGAGAACUGGAUGUGUACAACACUUUCUCCACUUUCGGAAAGAAGAAGAGGUUCAUCUCACACUACGAACAGUCUUUUGACAGAGAUGAUGGGCUCAUAAGCAAUGCCAUUUUUAAAUGACACAUCAGUUACACUUUAUAUUCUGUCCAUGAUAUAUAUACCACUAAGUAAUUUCGCUACUAACUAUAAACUCCAGUUUCUCCAGUGGAAGUAUUACUCUUGAACGCUGGCACUUUUGUGCCACAAUUGUCUUUUUUCCAGUGGACUUUCCUACCACUUCUUCCUGCAACUAUAGUUUUAUUUUUGCGAAUACUGAAAUCAAGUAUAUAUCAAGUAAAUAAAAUCUAUUAUGGGUCACAGUGGGGGAUCUCUAGGUGGUA